GGAGCGAGGGAGGUGGGUUGGGGGAGCUCCGGGGGGUCACGGUGGGUCGGAGCUCCGGGCUCGCGCCCCCGCCCUCCCCGCCACGUGACGGCCUCCGCUCCCCAGCGGGUCCUGGCAGCACAUCCGGUCUCCCGGGCAUCGCUGGGCCCGCGCGGGCUGGCGGCGGAGAGCCUGAGGUCCACCUGCGCGCCCUUGCGCACCUCCAGCGCUCGACCUUCAGUUCCCUCCUCCCUUGGGCCCUUGCCGACCUCCGCUGCGUUUGCAGAAUGAAUCCCACGAAUUGAAGGAAUGCAGGAUUUCCUCUCAACUCUCUUCUUCGCUGGGUUUUUAGGGACAUGGACAGUUCGUGAUUUUUUUUUUUUUUAAGCCGGUUAUCAUCCUGGCCAUUGGAGCCUAGAAGAGAAAUUAAGGGACUCAUCAAGUUCUGAGCUGCUGCUGGAUAUUUUGCAGAAGACCAUGAAGCAUCCUCUGUGCGUGAAGCACCCACCGUCAGUGAAGUAUGCCCGGAGCUUUCUCUCUGAGCUCAUCAGAAAGCAUGAGGCUGUCCACACGGAGCCUUUGGACGAGCUGUAUGAGGCAUUGGCGGAGAUCCUGACAACUGAGGAGCCCACCCAGUGCCACCGGAGCUACCUGCUGCCCUCCGGGGACUCAGUCACGCUCUCCGAGAGCACGGCCAUCAUUUCCCACGGCACCACGGGCCUGGUCACGUGGAAUGCCGCGCUCUACCUGGCGGAAUGGGCCAUGGAGAACCCAGCGGCCUUCACUAACAGGACUGUCUUAGAGCUCGGCAGUGGAGCCGGCCUCACGGGCCUGGCCAUUUGCAAGACCUGCCGGCCCAGAGCAUACGUCUUCAGCGACUGUCACAGCCGUGUUCUCCAGCAGCUCCGAGGGAAUGUCCUUCUCAAUGGCCUCUCAUUACAGCCAAGCAUCACCACCCCAGCCCAGCACCCAGGACAUGACACCCCCGACACAGAGAGCCCCAGGGUGACGGUGGCCCAGCUGGACUGGGACAUUGUGACGGUCUCUCAGCUUGCUGCCCUCCAGCCAGACGUCGUCAUUGCCACAGAUGUGCUGUAUUGCCCAGAAACUGUCCUCUCCCUGGUCGGGGUCCUGCAGAAGCUCUCUGCCUGCCGGAAGGACCAGCGGGCUCCUGACGCCUACGUUGCCUUCACCGUCCGCAACCCGGAUACAUGCCAGCUGUUCACCACGGAGCUGGGCCAGGCUGGGAUCCCGUGGGAAGAAGUGCCUCAUCAUGACCAGAAACUGUUUCCUUACGAAGAGCACUCAGAGAUGGCAAUUCUGAAACUAAUGCUGUAGAUUUACAAAUGGUUUUGAGGAAUAAUGUGAAAAUUAAAUCACUAUCCUGCAAAGAAUCUGAUAAAACUUCCACUGGACUUGAAUAUUUGAAGAAUGUUAAAUUCUGAUUUGGGAACCACAAAAUGUUUUAAUAAAAUAUAAACU